GACUUUAUAGUAAGAUAGAAGAAGGGAUCAAUGGUGUGACAAUUUGUAAAUUUAAGGUUGCUGUUGUCAAAUUUGUUUUUCUUCUUUAAAUUAGGGACUAAACUGUUAAAGGAUUUAUAAUACCUUCAUUAUUUCUACAAAGGAAUGGCGAAUUUGUAGAUUGCAUUAAUACUCAAUAUGAUAUUGGUGUUCUUUACAGGGAUGAUAUAUAUUAUAUAUGCUUGAUCAAAGACUUAUCUGCAACAGUGCUUUCAGCCGAAAUUGGGAGGACAACGAAAAGACCACUUUCAUCUUGAAGGUUUUCUUGCUCUGCACUGCUCUUCAAAGAGCCAGUCUUCACGGCAUCAGAUUCAGCUGACAAUGAAAAUGCUACAGCUAUAACAGCCCAGCUCUCUCUCACAUGGGUACCCAAACAUUUAGGUUCCAUCCCAUGCGAGAGAAGUCAGACCCCCAAAACAAAAAAGAAAAAAAAAAGCAAAACAGAAAUGAGUAUAUAGAAAAAAAAGGUGAGGAGGUGCUUUGAUUUGAUGCUUAACGCAUCUCCAAUAGUGACACAUGCAAUACAACUGCACUGCACAGCAUGGCAUUCAUUCAACGUGACUCCAAAGCAUAUCAUCAACUCCAAGCUUGCACUCCAAAGCACCGAAUCAAACCCAAAAAAACCAAAAACACAAACUUAAAACUCCAAAUUUCCAAAACCAAUAAUGAAAAUUGCCUCAUCUCAGAUUCAAAUUCAACAACCUGGGCCUCCCACAACCACCACCACCACCACCACCAACUCAUUCUCUGUUGAAUCCACUGAAGCCUCAAUCCAGAGCCUGACAAGGAGCUGGCAUAGAAGGCAACAUUGGCACAGGUUUUUUUGGUUUGAUAAUAAUAAUUCCACACAAUUUCAAGACCUAAAUUUAACACCAUGGAGAACCCACUUGGCCAAUUUUCUAGAGUCUGCACCAAUCCAUGUGAUUUCUAUCUCCCUCCUCAUUGUAGAUCUCAUCCUCACCAUCCUUGAACUCUCCUCAUCUUUGCUAACCAAGUGCAACAACUCACCAAACAAGAACAAAAAAACCACACCAGAAAUUUGGUACCAUUGGGUGGGCAUUGCUAUCCUCGCCCUGCUUUCGGCAAAGACGAUGGCUCAAGCUGUGGGGCUUGGCAUGCGUACGUUUCUCCGGCGGCGUCCCGGUUACGUCAUUGACGGCGUCGUUUUGAUGGGUGCGCUGGUUUUAGAAGCUUUUUUCGAGAGGAAGGGAGGGGGGCUGCUUGUUGUGGUGAGUUUGUGGCGUGUUGUUAGGGUUGUAGAGAGUGCUUUUGAGUUGAGCGAUGAGGCCAUUGAAGCGCAGAUUCAAAGUGUUGUUUGCCAGUUUGAGAUGCUGAAGGAAGAGAACAGGAGACUCGCAGAGACCAUUAGUGAGCAGGACAAGAUUAUCGAGAAGCUCCAGGAAGAUUUAGAUCAAUAUUCUACUCGCUAGUCAUCACAAUUCUUCACCUUAUGUUAUGAUCAACGGUUAUCAUAGUAUAAGGAAUUUACCCUUGUUUAAAUUAUUUGAAAGGAUAGGAUAAUUACGAGCAUGUUUUUUAUAACGGGACG